ACUAAGUAAGUGCAAAAGAGCUUUAGGUUUUAUAUCUGGGUUAGUGUAAUGCAAAACAUUCUGUAGAUAACAAGGGUUUGAGGAUAUGUGUGACCCUGAGCAUGUGAAUGUCUGGUGCAAGCAGAAAUUCCAGGUCCUAUGUCGGACUUUCAAGGUCCAACUCAAGGGCUCCGCACAGAAACACGGGACUCAGGUAAUACCUGGAUUAUGGAAGAAACACACAGAAAAUUUCACCAAGGCCAAUAUGUGAUAUGGAGAAAGGGUGAGCUGGAAAAUAGGGUGGCAGGGAGGGCAGAGGGCCCAGAGGGCCCAAGAGGGACGGAGAGAUCUGCUGGGCUGCAGGGUGGGGGAGGGGCUGUGCCACACCCUCUCCCUGUCCUCCCUCUGCCACCCUCAGAAACCCUUUGUGACGCUCCUGUGCUCUGUGACUCAGGCCUGGGACCAGAGCCCAGCGCGGCCCCUCCAGGGCUCAGUGGCCACGCGGAUAAUGGAGUGUGCACUUCCUUUUCUGAAAGGCCGCAUCGAGCUGUGGCUGAGCCUCACCUCCAAUGCUUUGGGUGUGGAGCCCCAGGUCCUCCUCCUGAGUGCCCUGGGGUUGCUCUCCCUGUCCCUGCUCCUCCUGGUGACACGGCGGCUCCUCUCAGCUACGCGGGGAGCGAAAGAAGCCCCAAAGCCUCAGGGCAAAGCCGGGAGGAGAAGGCAAGGUCGAACGUCGAAAGGUCGGCAGUUGUACCAGAGACGGGCCAAGGAGGAAAGGAGCCUGAUUUCUUUCGUGACAAGCCCCUGGGCCAAGGAUCGCGAUCCCAUGAGCUUUCGUCAACUCUUAUGUCCAGACCCGCUCUGUGACAUGUGCAAUGCCACUCCUGCUGAGAUCUCGAAGGUGCUAUUCCGGCCGUCCCUGGAGGAUGCCGCUCCCUCCGUGUCAUCCCCAGAGUCUACCAGCUCCCUCGCUGAGUCCUCAUGCGCUUCCUCUGCCCUCUCUGAAAGCCCCCCGGGAGACCAGACGCCAGCGCCCCCGCCCGAGCCUUGUCCACCCCCACCCUCCAUCCUCUCGCCCUCACCUGGCCUACCUCCACCCGCACCCCUGGGUGACGCUCCUCCUGUGCCUGCCUUGCAUUCCAAAUUCCCCGUACACAGUUCCCCACCCCAGCCACGUGCCAGUCCCCUUCUGCCACCACACCACACCCUGGGAGAGGAUUCUCUUCUCCAAGCAGAGACCACGUUGUCUAUAAAGACCAUCUUUGCAUUUGACCCCAUCCUUCUCCAAGAUGUCAACUCCUUACGAAAUUCACCUCUGGCAGCGGAUCCCACUGACUCCCACGCGCGUCAUCACGCACUGCGCACCCUGCCGGCUUCACCGCCAGACGCCACCCUAACUGUGCCUCUGUCUGAACCAGUGUCCAACUUAGUGAAGCCCCAUCCGGAGAAAUCCUCUCCAGACAGAGCUGAUGAACCGGCCACGCGUGUGCCCACAAUCAGAGGCACUUCAAGCCUUGGAACGUCACAGCUCUCCUGGUGGCAGCCUCAUGCCAAGGACUUGUUCCUCCCCAACUUGUUGCCAUGUGAUUUCCAGCAAGGGCUUCCUGCCCCCCACCCUUCCAAGGCCUCCUUUGUAAGAGACCAUGAAGCCCACCCUGUAGAACCUGGUAACUGCUCUUUUUUCAACCCUGAUGUUCUGUCCUUCUUGGAGAGACAAGUUAAAAAGAGGAGGGAUUUCCUGAUGUGGAAGGAAAAGGAAAAGAGAAUGGCGUCUCUUUCAAGGAAAUUUAAGUCACGCUACCAAGUGAAUUCCUCAGCAAACACAUCAGCAUCAGUUGCUGAUGAGCAUGACAUGGCUGUGUCCCCUGAUUUGGGGACCAGCAGAGACAAACCAGAGGAGCUGCAGGCGCAUCAGCAGCACCUGCACCCUGAGACCAUUGAGGCAGCUCAGGUGCAGUCCCAGUCCCAGCAUCCAUCCCCACUGCCCGUCCCAUCACCUGCACCUCUGGCCCAGGCAAGGCUCUGUGGGGUGUGUGUUCACGAACCCCAGAAUGAGGGACAAGGCCUCACGCCAUCAGAGACUCAGCACCUGGUAUGGAACGUGCUGCAGAAAGAACAGGAGACUGUGUGGGGUUUACCCUCUGUGGUCAAGAAAUCUCAGCAAGACUUUUGUCCUCCAGCCCCCAAGCUUACCCUGGUCGGCCAGUCCUCCAAGACUGAUGUUCCCGUCUCUGUCCUUCCUGGAGACUUUCCUCUCAGCAGUGAGCUGCGGAAGACACUAGAGCACCACCUUCGAAAGAGGCUCAUCCAACAUGGGUGGGGCCUGCCCCGCAGGGUGCGUGAGUCUGUGUCACUGCUGAAUCCUCCCAGCGAUGCUCCUGAGACGCCCAAGGCAAAGUGCACCUAUGGACUCUCGUGGAUCUCCUCCUUUAAAGGGCAGAGCAGUGAGGGUCCAGAAAGUUUUAAACUAAGUCAAUCAGGAAGUUUCCGUGACAGAUGCUCAGAAAUGCUCCCACUACGGAAGUCCAUGAGGAAGGGUCAGGGACACAGCCUGGAGCAUGGCCCAAAACAUCAUCCACUGAGUGACCCAGAGAGGUCUUCAGAUAAGGGUCUGGGCUCUCACUCUGUGGAAGGCCUAGAAAGUCACACGAGGAGCCUGUCAAGGAAUAAUUCAAGGGCCUCAAGGGUGAGCCUCGGUCCGAAACAACUUGAAAAUGCCCUGCCAGUGCCACUUAGCCAGGAAUUUGAGGACAACAGUGAGAGCCAGAUUUCUGGGACUGUGCAUAAUUUGUGGCAUCCUACCAAGCACACAGAGCCUCUUCCUCAGAAAUCUCACGGCCAAAUACAACAUGGAAAUUCGGCAGCGUCGGUCAGCGGGGACCUCCUCAACCCCAGCAAGAAAGAGCUGUUGGAAGCUCAUAUUAAAAGUUAUCAUAUGAGAACUGCGUGGGGUCUGCCCACCAAGGUCCUCGAAUCCAGGCAAAUAUUUGACUUGAAAAAUGACACAUUCAAGUCUUCUUCUAUAUCUAACUCUGCUCCUUCAGACAACCUUAUUUCUGGGGUGGAUUCCAAAGAUGGAGUCUCCGGAUCCCUUAGAAGAAGAUCUAGAGCUUUUAAUUCAGUCCCCAGCCUGGAUCAUCUGCUCCCUGCCACCUCACCUGUGGGCAAAGGAGGACAGGGAGCCCUAAGACAGUCACCCCCUGAUACCCACCGUGAGCUUACGAAGAACGUCCAGACGACUGCAGCCGGCAGACGGACUCUUCCAUCCCCCCCUGACAGCAGUGUAGACAAAGCGAGUCAGAAGCAGACUUCGCCUGCCAAUAGACACAGGCUGAAGCCCUCACAAGGCAAGCUGGGGCUGGACACGAGCCAAUGGAUGAGACAGUCCCUCCCAGCCAUGGGGUAGAAAGGCCUCAUGGCAAAAGGAUGAAGAAUCCAGAACAGUUUUGCACACUCAACAGUCCGGGGAGAUAUUCAAGGCAGAGGAGCUCUGUGCUCUUCAAUAACAAUCUAGUAACAACUUAAACCAUCAAGUCAGAAAGCUGCCCAGUAAUAAAUGUGUUCCAUUUCACUUC